GGUCCGGGUUUAAGAAGGCGGUUAACCGUGCAGGGACUCAAAUGAUGAUUAAGGCGGGACAUGUUGAAAAAACGGUGGACCGUGAUUUUGAUAUGGAAGAACGGCGUUUUCAUACAAUGGAACAGGUGGUUUUACGGCUUCAACGGGAAGCAAAGAAUUAUUUAGAUUCUUUGAGAUCUAUGGUUGCAUCUCAGCUUGGGAUUGUGGAAGCUAUGGAUGAGUUUUAUCCGAAUUCAUAUCAUAAGGAUCGUGCUAGUAAACAUUAUAAACAAGUAAUGGAAGAUUUUGAUACAAGAACAAUGAAAGAAUUAGACGAAAUAUAUCGUUUGACUGUAUUGGAUCCUAUAUCUAAGUUUUGUACGUAUUUCCCAGAAAUCAACGCAGCGAUUACCAAGCGAAAUCAUAAAUUGGUUGAUUAUGAUGCGGUUCGCGCAAAGGUUAAGCGUUUAACAGAUAAGCCAUCGGAUGAUAUUAGGAAGUUACCUAUGGUUGAAAAAGAAGCAGCACAGGCAAAAGAAUUAUAUACCUCGUUAAAUUCACAACUUUUAAAGGAAUUGCCAUAUUUUAUUGAUUUGCGUGUACCAUAUUUGGAUGCAUCAUUUGAAGCAUUGGUAAAAAUACAAUUUCAAUUUUGUUAUGAUGGAUAUGAUCGCAUGUCAAAAGUACAACAGUAUUUUGCUUCAAAUGUUCGAAAUCAAUAUACAACUGGGGAUUUAGAUCAAAAAAUUGAUGAUGUACUUCAAAAAGUUAAAAAUUUAUCUAUUGCAGGAUUAGGUUCUGCAUAGAUAUGGUUUCAUGGGAGAUGUUUUAUUUAAAUAAUUAGUUUUGCUU